AUGUCACAACUCGAGAACAACACUGUUUACAUGACCCUUAACAGCAGAGGUAUACCUGGAACAUUCCACUGGGGGUUGUUUAUUACAACAUCAUCAGCCCCAAGAGGGGUCUUCUAUCAUGCAAGCAACAAAACCGGCGGCUGGCAACCAGAGUUCAAACCAACCGCUUAUCUUUUCUCCUCCAUGUCACUCGUUCUCGUGUUCAAGAUAGGCCCUAUAUCCUCCUCGGAUAAAAUAGACGAAUUCUUGCGAGCUGUACCAGCAGACGGCUCAGCGUCUUUACGUACCGAUGAAGCUUUCACUUGUCGCAUUUGGAUGAAAGAUGCGCUUGUGGCGCUUCACGAAAAUCAUGUUGUAACCUUGCCUGUGGAUAUCGAUACACUUGAAGCAAAAGCCUUUGCUGCAGGAACCGCUCAUGAGCACAGAGUUGAACGAACCGCGGCCAAAGCGAUUGUUAUUGAUAGCGAGGGUAGACUUCUUUAG